UUCCCAGGGUCGGUUUGAUAAAAAAGAUGGCGCUGGUUCUUAGAAGGACCACAGGUGUUUGUAGGCCACUUGCAAGACGGUUUGCAACAGAAGUGGACGCAAAUGUGAAAAAAUCAGAAGUUUUUCUUCCCAAAAAAGCUGGGAGGGAUCCUCACAAUGAAAUUGGAAAAUGGAAUAGCAUCUCCUUCUUCCUUGGUAUCCCUGUGUGCAUAUUGACACGUAUCUACGAGAAGAUGGAUGAAUCACAUGGAAAGAGACCAGAGUUUCGACCUUACUCUCAUAUCCGCAUCAGGAAGAAGGCUUUCCCCUGGGAAGGUGGAGAGGAGAAGACCCUGUUUUAUUGUCCAAUCACAAAUGCCGGCUCACAGGGAUACUUGGAUAUGACCCCUGAGGAAGAAAUUAAGUGGUCAAAAUACAUGCAUGGACACUAGAACAGAUGAAAAGACACUUGUGAUAAAAAUUCUGUGGACUUUUAAGUCAAAUAAAUUGAUUUGUAAUGAUAA